GCCGGCCGGCCCCAAAAGAGAAGCGUUGUCUCCAUCCCAACUGCGGACAGACCUCCCUGCUCCCCUCCGCGCCCGUCUGGACUCCUGCUGCCACCUCCUGUGCUCCCACCACCUAACCCCAGCUGUCAGGCCUUGCAUCCAUCCGACUCCAUCCGACCCGUGCGGGACAUAUACCUACCUACCUGCACGCCUCCCCCGAGCGCGACUCGACCCUACGUCCUCGAGUCCAAUGCCGUAGUUGUUAACCCUGCGCGAGACUCGUGAGGUUACGGCCAUCGAGGCAACCUGACCGUAUACCUACCUACCACUACCUCCAUACCAUACCACACACAUAGAGCUUGGGCGUCGACGCUCGCGACCCGCCCCUCGCAAACUCGCACAAACACGCCCACGCGUGCCACCGCACCGACGGGUGUCAUCCCUGAAUCCUGCGCGCCGAGGUCACCUCUUUCCCAGUCCAGCUUGCCGGCGGAGGCAAAGCUCAGGCCCACGCCGCCGCCUCCAAGAAGACGAGACGAGACGAUCCGAGAUCGCGCCGUAGCUUCCCCCUCGAGUGCUCCGCCCAACCCGCCGAGACCCACAUCGAGGACCGGCCCAAGUACGAUUUACAGCUUCUUGUGACGGCUGGUUCAGACUCUUCCUCUUCCAUGCGCCCACUAUGAUCUCCAUGCAACGAUCACUCUCGUCGCCCAUAUACUCCAACUCACCUGAUCCUGAGCCUUCUAGCCCGGGCCCCUUCCCCUCCAGGUCACCGUCGCCGUCGCCGCUACCCUCUCCCGACGGCCAUGUCGAUACGUGCAAACCGCAGAGAACAAGGUCUAGGAGCCCCUCGCGAACGACUAGUAAGGCCGCCGCCGCCGCCGCCAUGUCGGCCAGGCGCAGCGAUGAGGUGCCGCGCCGCUCCGAGCACCGGUCCCAGACCCUAUCCCAAAAGCCCAUAAUUGCGCAACAGACCUUUCCGCUGCCUCUUUCCCAGGACCAGGUCCAGAGCUCCUUGGGAGAAGGCCUUGCCACCGGCGAUGAUGACAGCCUGCCCGCCCUGGGUGGCAACCCCACGCCCCUCAAGCUUCCAUCGUUGCUGCUGCAUGAUGUCUCGCAGUACACGAAUCCCUUCUUUGCCGAGCCCGAGCCCAACAGGCUGACGCUGGAGGAGCUGGCCCAUCUGGUGCGCCUGUCCAAGUAUCAGGAGCGCAAGCGCGCCAACAACCGCGUGCGCCUGCAGCGGAACCUCGUUGCCACGGCGCUCUCGGCGAGGCUGACCCGCUGCGGCGAGAUGGCCUACCGCAAUCUGGUAAACUGCUUCCGCACACAGGAGAAGAAGGCCUUUGCCAGCCUCUACAAGGCCGUGCAUGAUGUCCGCCUGAGCUGCAUGGAGAGCAGAAAGUACGCCAUGCUGGAGCCCGAGAUGGAGUCGCUGUCUUUGCAUUCCCCAGGCGUCGGCUCCUCCGAGAGCCUGAACUCCCCGGGCCUCGCCGGCGACGCCAGCGCCCCUUUCCUGAAUAGCAUCGCCGCCUCGUCCAGGGAGGCGUUUUUGGCUUUCCUCACACAGGUCAGGACCAACCCGGACUAUUUGGCUGCCAGGCUCUGCUCUCUUGACUCGACCGAGCUUUCUGCCCUGAAGACGUUUGAUCAAAACCCCGAGCCCAUCGAUUCCGUCCUCCCCUCUCACGGCGCCUCGUCCUCCUCCUCGCGCCUCCCCACGUCCAACCUCAGGGACCGGACGUCCGCGUUGAGGAGCGGGUCCCACAGGUCGUCGGCCAACCCCGUUAGCCACGUUGAGCAGCUGCUUUCCUUUCAGCGCCAUGAUCCCCUCUCUUCCUUGAUCCACACCUGUUUCGCAAACUCGGCAGGCCCGGACAGUGCCGAGGACCGACGCAGGACCGACAUCUGGGCCACUGCCAUGGCCCGGCUGAUCACUGAGCAGAGGACGGGCAACGAUUCGAUUCUCUUCUCUGUCCUGAAUGCAUGGUCCUCCAUGCGCGACUGGCCCGGCCGGACCAACAUGGAGUGGUACCUGAUGAAGAUCCUGGAAGACGGCGCCUUCAUUCUGGAUAGGGCAGAGGACCAGAACGGAACCCGCUUUAAUCUCAGCAGUUGGUCCAGGGAUGACUCCAGCGCCGCUGACAGGUUCUACGACAAGGCGGUCGAGCAGCUGUUCGAGAUAAUGGACGACGAGGACGAGACGGGGAUCCCCGAAGGUCUCAUUGAGCUGGGCAACGAGAUUCUGAAGAAGCUGGACGCGCAGUUCGUCGAGAGCACGCGGCGCGAGCUCGUGCUCCGCUGGCUGUUCCAGGUGUGGCUCCCCGAGGUUAUGAUACACCCGGAAACCCGUGGCAUCAUGGCCGAGUACCACAUUACGGACUACGGCCGCCAGAAGAUCCUGCGGACCGUGGCAAUGUACGCAUCCAGGCUAGCCCAGGACGUCAUCUCGGGCAAGCCAGUCAAGCCCGACACCACCAGGCACAUUGAGAACAUCCUGGGCCGUUUUAGUCCACGCUCCGCGAGGAGGAAGACCAGGCUCCUGCCCGCCCGAUCUCUAACAUCGCUGAGGGAGACGGUCGAGGUACACCCGUACCUCGUCAUUGCACCGGCCGAUUUGGUUACCAUGAUCAAUGCUCUGUUCCCGGAAAAGAGGCCGCAAUCUGCUCACUCAAACAGGCUAAGAUCGGGCGCCAACUCGAUAUCUGGCAUGUCUGUCAUCUCACAGCCCAUAUCCGUGAUAUCCCCACGCAACACCGGCAAUAGUGCCAAUCCCAACAACACGAACAACAAUGACGGUGCCUCGGUCAUCAGCACGAGCCUAUCAUCUGUGCUCAGCGAUGCCACCACCUCACACGAGCCUCUGCUGGAAGAACAGCGGACCGGGAACUCGAGUAGAUACUCGCCCCCGAUUCCGUUUCAGAAGCGGGUCAAAACCUACGAAGAGGAUGGGUUCCGCCUCCGGGAAGCGCUCCACGAGAUGACGCAGACGCUGGGCCCCGAGGUUGUCCAGGGCACAUGCCACCCGUGCAUGGACCGCUGGUCGGUUCUGUUCAUCUCUGCCGACGGCAACAUGCUCUCGACGCAGAUGACUUACGACCCAGACGACGAGGUCGACGAGGACGAGAACUCCCCGACAAGCGACACGGAUGAAGAGGAGGAGGACGACGACCGGCCGGACCUAGGCAAGGACUACCACCAGCUUCGCGAUUCGAUCCUGAGGCUGGUCGAGGAGUACGAGAUCCCUCAAGAGUCGCCAGACAGCGGUGCGCAUGCGCCUACUUUCAGCAACCGCACCACGUCGACGCUCAAGAAGUACCGUUCCAAGAACAAGGUUAUCUCGACAGAGAAGAGCACACAGAUCAGAAACUCGAACAACCCCUACCGCCAGCACACACAACCGGUCCCCGCGAGCGCUGUUGAUAUUGAGUCCAGCAACGCGGCCCACGCCGACCUGAGUUCUUCUGGAAGCGGCUCUGUAGACUCGGAAGCCGGCGCUGGGGGUCAGGAGUCGGUUCUCGUCUCCAUGUUGACGGCAGCAUCUGCUCAGUCUCGUGCACAGUCCGACUUUGUCUCUGCGCACCAGUAUUGGCGGACCCUGCAGCGCCUCAACGCCCUCUCGUCAUCGUCUCUGCGAUCCAACGGCUUUGCGGUUCUGCUCUACAUCUUCUCUCGCGGGCCGCGCGACUCCAUCCGGCGAUCGGCAUCCGCCAUUGAGGAGUACGACGCCUGGCUUGUCUGGCUCAAGCAGUCGCAGGAGCGCGCCGAAGGAGCCAUCGAGGGCAUGAUGAGGCGGCUCUCGGCGCUCAGAGACAAGGCUUGGUACGUCAUCGAUGUGCGGAACUCGACACACUACGACUUUAGCUCCAACAUCGCCGCCGCCCUCAAGUCCAUGGGCGCUCCGGUUCCGUCAGCGCCCUCGACCCCCAAGACUGCGCGUCUGGCGUUCCUAUACAGCAACGAGUCGCAGAUGGCAAACAUGCUCAGCGGCGGUAAAGACUACGGCUUCCGCAACAAGCUCUCUGACGACCAGUCGGAAACGACAGCGCAGUGGAUUCAAGAGUUUGGCGUCGAGAACUUUUGCAAGGGCGAAGAGCGCAUCCAUCGCCUGAGCGUCGAGGUGCACUCAUGCGUCAGCAGGCUGAUUGGCGACGGAGUCAACCCCAGUGCCGAGCUCUGGACGAAUGAGCUCUACGCCGUCGACCGGGGACAUCUCGACGGAAGCAAGGCUAGAGACCGGGAUGCUCACUGGGAUGACGCAUCCAGCGUCGUCAGCGAUGGAGACCGUCGUUUCCCUGGCCGCUUCAGCUCCGUCUCUCGUGACCUGAGGAGCGUCUCGUCCUUCAACAUGAGCCAGCACUCGUUCGACUCGAGCCGAUUCAGCGCCUCGAGGGCCACGGUCAGCAGCACGCUGGGCGACGCGGUCGAUUCGCCCGACUACUUUGGCGCGUCCUCACCGGUGCAUGGAAUCGACUCGGGCAUCACGUACUGGUCCCAGUUUCAGUCUGCCCUUUCCGCGGCGCCUACGGUUCCGCCACGCCCUCAGUCUCCAGCCACGAGCCUGACUAGCUUCUCCGGCUCCUUCUCGUUUCCCCAUCACAGCGCUCUCUCGCCCCAGCACCAGGCCGUCCGGCCGGCGACUGCGGCGUCUUCCAACGAGACCAUUAUGCUGCAGCGACUGUCCGAGGAUAAGACCAACUUCCUCGCACGGCUCAAGCGGUCGCUCACAAGCCUGCUGCUUUCCGACUUGGGCAACCUGGUCUUUGCCAAGGGAUCCGAGGCCGACCUUUGGUUCCAGGACCUUGGCCAGAAGUGCAUUAAACAUCGCGACAAGAUGGACGCCCAGGCCGCCCAGGCUGCGCAGGCGGGCAACUCCCCGUCCCCGUCCCCGGCACCGCCGCAGACUAGCGCCUCGGAGAAGAGGAAGUCCAAGGAUGGGAGUGGGCGACGUUUCCUGGAGAAGAAAAGGAGCUUUGCGGACCUUCGCGGAGCUGGCGAGGGCCCGUCGUCGGCCGAAUCCAGCCGGCGCGACACCGAGAGCCCGCGUCUCCCGGAGGAUCCGUCGGCUCGUCCGGGUGACUAUGGGGAGCACAACGACCCCUCUCGUACUCCCCAUCGGAGGCCCAAGCGGAGGGAGAGGGAUGCCGAGUUUCCCUUUAUCAAGGCAUACCAGCGCCUUCUACGCAUGUUCUGUGUGCAUCCGAGCCCCUACGUCAAGCUGGAAGCCUUGUACGAGCUAGAGCACCUAAUUGUGGCUUCUUUGGCGUCGGGCGGCUCCAGAAAGCGCACAGGCACACAUGCUCGCGCGGGGAGCACUCAGGACGCUUGCACCACUGACGACGGCAAGCCGGCCCAGUCGGCGAUGAUGCCGCUGGAGAAGGCCAUUGACAACGUCAGGGAGCGCCGCUCGCACACAAUGACGGCACGCUCUCAGGCGCUUGUUGGAAUUGACGGACAAGCCCUGCCCGCUGGUCGUGGCCGCGGCGGUGGCUUCGACGCGCGGACCGCGGCAGCAGAUCCGAGCCAUACGGACGGCAUCGUCGAGGUCCUCCGGUCGCUGUUCAGGGACGCGUCGGUCCGGCCAAAGACGCUGUUCCGAGACCUCCAGUUCAUCGCAUCCUUUGUCAACGCCUCGAUUCUCGACAACACGGACCGGGGCAAGGCGUUCUGGAACGCGGGAUUGGCUGCCCUGCUCCUGAAGCAGGAGGUUUGCCGAACCAUGGUCGAAGUCGCAGACAAGAUUAACGAGUCGGCUCGGUUGUCCUCGUCCAAGAGCACUCCCUCGGGCUGGGUCGGAAUCGAGCCAUCAAUCGGAUCGACAGGCGCUCGGUCAAUCGACGCCCAGAGCGUGUCAUCUGCGCGGUCUGCGCGGUCUACUCGGUCUGCCGUCUCGGCAGUGUCGGCAUCAACGGCACGCAGCGGCAGCGCCCUCGAAGGCCACAAACCAUCGUCGCCCCCGGCCUUGUCGUCGCUCGGCAAGGUGCACGCGGGCAAGAUGCUCACCAUCACGGCCAAGGAGGGAGAUCCGACGGCGCAGCGCGAGCUAGCGCUCUCUUUCCUGUCGGAGCCCGAGAUGCUCGAGCGGUCGACGCUGCCGCUUUCCAAGCUCAGCGGGGUCUUCCGGCAGGUGGUGCUCGACAACUACGCCGCCACGUCGGGCGGCGGGGCAGGCGGUGGGAGCCGCGCCGGCAGGGGGCUCGGCGUCGGAGGCGGUGCCGGUGGGGCCUCGGGAGCGGGUGGCUCCCGCGCUGGCGGCGGCAACAGCGCGAGCCUCGGCGGCGGGGGCUCCGUCGGGGCCGGGGGCGGGCCUGUCGGGUCCGGCCUCGGCGACGUCCGCACGGACCCGGCACCCAUGUGCCUGGCCAUCCACUGGAUGGCGGCCGCCGCGGAGGGCGGUGAUAGUAUCGCCAAGAACUUUAUGGCGCAGCAGGACGAGGCCUUUGGCCGAGGCUGAGUGGGUUAUCGUUGAUUGUUGGUGAUGUCUUGGCGUGCAAUGCCUUUGGGGUGUGUUUUGGCCUGGGCUUACUGGCCUUUUGGAGCACCGCCAACUUCUCGGUGUGUCUGUUUUGUUUCUCCUCCCCUGUUGUUUAUCCCGUUUGAUACUGUCCCCUCUUUUGUUUUCGUCCUCGGCAGCAUUUUCCAUGUUCCGUCUUUUUUCUGUCUCCAGCAAUAUCUUUCUCUGUCCUGUCCAAGCAAACGUAUACCCAAAGCACUUUGCAUUUGAACGCUAGUUAGUAUAUGUUUUACGAAAACAUCGUCGUGCGCCUCCCCACUUGUUAGUUGUUUUUGUUUAGCCCUGUUCGCUUACACGAUAGUGAAUCUCCCUUGCCUCCGCCUCUACUUAUUCCGUCCGUCCCUGUCUUGCAAUAACUCGAUUCACCUUUCUCUGCCUUUUUUUUCCCUGUUGCAUUUGAUUGAUACUGGUUUCGCAAGCAAGGGCUGGGUUUCAUGUUAAAGUGGUGGAUAUACCAAGGCGCGAGUUUGGAUUUGGAAGUGUGUAUCAUGGAGACUGUUUGUAUUCAUUCACCAUACUUGUAGAUGUUGUGGUUAGAUACCUGUUUGUGUUGGACGGAUGCUUCAGGGGUCAUCAAGCGUUGCUUUUCCAUACAACUGGCUGAUAUACAUGGAUAUCCAAUUAUGAAGGUUGAUGUGGUAGUUCUUUGUCUGUUUUUUUUUCUUUUUGCCUCGGUGGUAAUUCGGGUGUGAACGCAUCCAUUCUCUCCAGGCUGCAUGUCAAUCUGCCAAGCCCAUCAGUCCCCACUGUCCCCUCGUCCGCGCCCCACCGAGAGCGGUAUUGCCAUCCAUCACCGCCA